AUGGCUGCGGCGCGGCUUCCUGACCGACUUGUUCGUCGCCGAGAGCGAACAGCGGAUAAGGAUGAAGCUAUCCUGUCCAAGAACUUUGAAAGAAACAUUCUUCAUGCCGAAGGACCAAAAGAUAAGCAGAAAACAUGGGAUAAAUGUGAACGAGAUUUGGUCCAUAAAGAAAAACAAAGAUCUGAGUUAGACAGACCUCCAUAUUCAUUUGGCUGGGAAACUAAAACUGCGCAAUCCCAAUAUCAGAGUGUCCUUGGUCAGUUGGCUACCCUUCCAGGCGAGGGCACUGUCCUCAUACCAGCCACGGAGGAAGCUGUGAAAGAGAGGAUUCAGGAAAUUGGUGCAAAUGAGCAACCUUGGAAAUCUAAAACCAAAGACCUUCAACAGAAAAUUCAGAUGUUCACUAAGCAACUGGAGCAGCUGCAUUACCUUUGUAAAGAUACUGCUCAAGAAUCAUCCCAAACCGAAGAAAAAGAGACUCUGAAAAGGAAGGCCAGUGGGAGCAGUUGUGCCAGCCCUGUAAAUGGUCCCAGUUCAAAGCGGGAUGGCCACUUCUGUGCAGUCUGCAGCGAUUAUGCGUCGGGAUACCACUAUGGAGUCUGGUCCUGUGAAGGAUGUAAGGCCUUUUUUAAAAGAAGCAUUCAAGGACAUAAUGAUUAUAUUUGUCCAGCUACAAAUCAGUGUACAAUAGAUAAGAACCGGCGCAAAAGCUGCCAGGCCUGCCGACUUCGGAAGUGCUAUGAAGUAGGAAUGGUCAAGUGUGGCUCCCGGAGAGAAAGGUGUGGGUACCGCGUGGUGCGGAGACAGAGAAGUUCUGAUGAGCAGCUGCACUGCCUGAGCAAAGCCAAGAAGAGUGGUGGCCACGUGCCCCGAGUGAAGGAGCUGCUGCUGAACGCCCUGAGCCCGGAGCAGCUGGUGCUCACGCUCCUGGAGGCAGAGCCGCCCAACGUGCUGGUGAGCCGCCCUAGCUCGCCCUUCACCGAGGCCUCCAUGAUGAUGUCCUUGACCAAGCUGGCCGACAAGGAACUGGUACACAUGAUCAACUGGGCCAAGAAAAUUCCUGGCUUCGUGGAGCUCAGCCUGUUCGACCAAGUGCGGCUCUUGGAAAGCUGCUGGAUGGAGGUGUUAAUGGUGGGGCUGAUGUGGCGCUCAAUUGACCACCCCGGCAAGCUCAUCUUUGCUCCAGACCUCGUUCUGGACAGGGAUGAGGGGAAAUGCGUAGAAGGAAUUCUGGAAAUCUUUGACAUGCUCCUGGCAACGACUUCAAGGUUUCGAGAGUUAAAACUCCAACACAAAGAGUAUCUCUGUGUCAAGGCCAUAAUCCUCCUCAACUCCAGUAUGCACCCUCUGGCCGCAGCGGCCCAGGAGGCCGAGAGCAGCCAGAAGCUGACCCACUUGCUGAACGCCGUGACCGACGCGCUGGUCUGGGUGAUCGCCAAGAGCGGCAUCUCCUCCCAGCAGCAGUCUGUCCGCCUGGCCAAUCUCCUGAUGCUCUUGUCACACGUCAGGCACGCCAGUAACAAGGGCAUGGAACACCUGCUCAGCAUGAAGUGCAAAAACGUCGUCCCGGUGUACGACCUGCUGCUGGAGAUGCUGAAUGCCCACACGCUUCGCGGGUACAAGUCCUCAGUCACGGCGUCUGAGUGCAGCCUGGCAGAGGACAGGGAGAGCAAAGAGGGCUCUCAGAACCUGCAGUCUCAGUGA